UUUUCAGGGAAAGUGAUAAAACAGAUUAAAAGCUUGCUGUUCUGCCAGUCCUGGAAUGUUCCACAACUUCUCAAAGAGCUACUCAGGCUGCUCCCUCCACCCCUCAGGCAUCAGUCUUUCAGGAUGCCAUCAUUAUUCCUCAGUCUCUGCUUCCGCUUCUCUCACAGGGCAAUGGAAGUGUCCUCCUUACACAGAUACCACGACAUAUUCCACUGAGCGAUCUGAGCACUUCAAACCCUGCCGAGACAAGGACCUGGCAUACUGUCUCAAUGACGGCGAGUGCUUUGUGAUCGAAACCCUGACGGGGUCCCAUAAACACUGUCGGUGCAAAGAAGGCUACCAGGGUGUCCGCUGUGAUCAAUUUCUGCCGAAAACUGAUUCCAUCUUAUCGGAUCCAACAGACCACUUGGGGAUUGAAUUCAUGGAGAGUGAAGAAGUGUAUCAAAGGCAGGUGCUGUCAAUUUCAUGUAUCAUCUUUGGAAUUGUCAUCGUGGGCAUGUUCUGUGCAGCAUUCUACUUCAAAAGCAAGAAACAAGCUAAACAAAUCCAAGAACAGCUGAAAGAGCCACAAAAUGGUAAAAACUACAGUCUUAAAUCAUCCAGUGCAAUGGCAAAGUCAGAGAACUUGAUGAAGAAUCAUGUCCAACUGCAGAAUUAUUCAAGGGCGGAAAGGCAUCCUGUGACUGCAUUGGAGAAAAUGAUGGAGUCAAGUUUUGCUGGCCCCCAGUCAUUCCCAGAGGUCCCUUCUCCUGACAGAGGAAGCCAAUCUGUCAAACACCACAGGAGUCUCUCCUCUUGCUGCAGCCCAGGGCAAAGGAGUGGUAUGCUCCACAGAAAUGCCUUCAGAAGGACACCCCCCUCACCCCGAAGUAGGCUGGGUGGAAUUGUAGGACCAGCAUAUCAGCAACUUGAAGAAUCAAGGAUCCCAGACCAGGAUACAUUACCUUGCCAAGGGAUAGAGGUCAGGAAGACUAUAUCCCACCUGCCUAUACAGCUGUGGUGUGUUGAAAGAUCCCUGGACUUAAAGUAUGCAUCCAGUGGUUUAAAAACCCAACAAAAUGCAUCAAUAAAUAUGCAACUGCCUUCAAGAGAGACAAACUCCUAUUUUAAUAGCUUGGAUCAAAAGGACCUGGUGGGAUAUUCAUCUACAAGGGCCAGUUCUGUGCCCAUCAUCCCUUCAGUGGGUCUAGAAGAAACCUGCAUGCAAAUGCCAGGGAUUUCUGAAGUCACAAGCAUCAAAUGGUGCAAAAACUCCUACUCUGCUGAUAUUGUCAAUGUGAGUAUUCCAGUCAGCGAUUGUCUUAUAGCAGAACAACAAGAAGUGAAAAUAUUGCUAGAAACUGUCCAGGAACAGAUCCGAAUUCUGACUGAUGCCAGACGGUCAGAAGACUAUGAACUGGCCAGCGUAGAAACUGAGGACAGUGCGAGUGAAAACACGGCCUUUCUCCCCCUGAGUCCCACGGCCAAAUCAGAACGAGAGGCACAAUUUGUCUUAAGAAAUGAAAAACAAAGAGACUCUGCAUUGACCAAGUGACUUGAGAUGGAGGAAUCUGUGCAUUCUAUGCUUUGCUCAACAGGAAAGAGAGGAAAUUAAAUACAAAUUAUUUAUAUGCAUUAAUUUAAGAGCAUCUACUUAGAAGAAACCAAAUAGUCGAUCGCCCUCAUAUCAUAGUGUUUUUUAACAAAAUAUUUUUUUAAAGGGAAAGAAACGUUUCAGGAGGGAUAAAGCUUACAACUGAAGCUUUUGGGUAGAAUUCUGAAUACAAUUUCAGUUAGUCCCAGCAUCAACCUCUUUGGCUCAUAGAAAAUGUGGGCGAUUCAGACCCUCAGCCCCAUGAUACCAGUGUCCUCAUAAAAAAAGCACCGGUGUUUACCCAGUUUCCAAGAGUCCUGCUGUACCCUGAGGUAGACAUGCCAGUGAGGAGAUAACCCUUGCCAUUUGGCUUGCCAGUCCCAACCCCUAAAUUUCUAUUCACUUGACAGCCUCAUCACAGGUGGUGUCAUGUCAACAAAUGUAGUGUUUUCUAUUUAAUUUUUGAAGAAUGGCACAAAGACACUAGGAGGAGGAGGAGGCCGGGAGGUAGAGAAGGUGUGGGAGGAAAUCUUAGCUACUCUCUGUGCCACCUUCCUCUGAAAUUUGAAGGCACAGAAUCUCAGAGGGAGGAAUGGAAUUCUUAUAGGAAAAAGAGACAAAAAAAAAUCACAAUGUUGUGUCACUAGAAUCAUGCUAAUAGAAAUGUUUUCCUUUGAGAUCGUUUAGGGCUCCGACAGAGCGCUUCUCAGUGGGUGCGUGCCUGUGUGCGUAUGUGUGUGUGUGAGGGUGUGUGUGUGUGGGCUUGCUCGCUGGAGCACUGGUAAACUGUAUGCACAUGUGUUCUUUGUGCGUGUGUGUGUGCAUGUGUGUGUGUAUAAAGCUUGCUAAAAUUUGUUCUGAAACAUCAGGGAAUCUAAUAUUCAGAAAAAAAAUUUCCCUCUUAGAUCUGUCCACUUUAAAGUUUUCCAUUAAGUAUAAAGUUCAGUUAGUAAGAUCUAAACUCAAGGUCACUUGCAUGGUGGGGUUCUAUAAUUCUUCACAAUGUCUAGAUCAUUUUCUGAUGUGAAUAUUUUGAGAGGAACAACUAUUGGCUCAUUAAUGAUAUCAGUAUCACAAGGCAAGUUGAGGAUGUGUGUUUAUUUUGAAUCAUGCAAACUUAAAUUAUUUAUACAAACCAAUUAUCAAAUUGACAGUAACAUUUGCUUUCUCAUCAUCCCAUUAUUAUUUAUUUUAUAACAAGUCUACUAUGUGUGGACCAAGACAUUGGCUUCUGUGGUUAAUAUGGAAAGAAUAAAUUGUUGAAAUCAUAAAGUCCAGACUAUUCAGUUCACAAGAAGCCCCCAAGAAAACAGUAAAUUGUGUUGUAUGUUCAUUUGGAAUAAAGCAAUAUUUUUACCACUGCUAAGGUGAACUGAAACUACUCCUGAAGAUUUGUCUGUUUUAUUUACUUUCAUGGGGCAUUCAAGGAAAUUAGUGUUCACAUAAUCAGUCGUUUUCCAAUUAUUGGUGGUGUUGAGUUGUUAUGUUUACACUGUUUUAAAUAAAAAGGCACAGUAUUUGAAAG